AUGGCAAACCUAUUAUGGUUGGGCCUUUCAGAACAGAAAGCGAAAGAGACUGAGAAGAAUGCAACUCUGUUGAAGCAGUUGAGUUCUAUAAUUGCUGAAGCUGAAGAAGUGCUGAGGAAAGCCGGCAAAGGCAAAGAUGAACUGACAAAACAACAGGGGACGUUAUUGUACCAACUUGGGACGAAGAUUAAACAGCAAUGUGCUGGGAACAUUCCACUCGUCAUCAGUUAUAUCAUUAGCGGAGAAAUAAAGACAGAGGCGCAAGUUUCUGCUGCUCUGGAUUAUCUACUUGCCAAUGUUGUUCAUGACGUAGAAGUCCCUGCUUUUGAGAAAGCUUGCGGUGUUGGUGUUGUCGUUACUCCUGAUGAAAUCGAGGAUGCUGUUUCUGUUGUUGUUGGGAAGAACAAAAGCCAGUUGAUGACUGAUCGUUACAGUUUUAAUGUUGGAAAAUUGUUAGGCGAGAUUCGAUCGUCACUACCCUGGGCCGAUGGAGCAUACGUCAAAAAAGAAGUCGAUCUUCGAAUCCUCGAGCUACUUGGUCCGAAAACUAUUGAUGAUCUAAUCCCUAAGAAGAAGGUGAAGAAGGAGGAGAAGUCGCAAGAGAAGAAAACAACAACACAAAAGAGCGUUGGAACAAAGUUGACCUGCACUGUUGCUCUUCAAGAAAAUGGACUCUUAGAAGAAACUGAUGGAGCAGCCACCAUCGAAGAACUCAUGCGUACUAGAGCUCAUUUCCAUAAGGUUGGUGAAAACUAUACUACGGAUGGUUACAUUACAACACCGAAGACAAAAGAACUGCUGAGGAAGCACAUGGAAGCUACCGGUGGAAAAGUGAUCACAAGAUUUCCUCCUGAACCCAAUGGUGUUCUCCAUAUCGGUCAUGCGAAAGCAAUCAAUAUCAAUUUUGGUUAUGCCAAGGUUCAUGGCGGCUCGUGUAACUUGCGAUUUGAUGACACUAACCCGGAGAAAGAAGAGGAGAAAUUCUUCACUGCAAUCGAGGAUAUUGUUCACUGGCUAGGAUAUACACCAGCGCGAAUUACUCACUCUUCAGACAACUUCCAGCAGCUUUAUGAGUGGGCCGUGGAGUUGAUUAAAAAGGGCUAUGCCUAUGUUUGCCACCAAAAGGUGGAAGAUAUUCGAGGUUUCGAAGUCCAUUUUUCACCAUGGCGGGAUAGGCCUAUUGAGGAUUCUCUACGGUUGUUUGAGGAUAUGAAGAAUGGUAAAUUCGACGAAGGUGAGGCAACACUACGCUUAAAAAUGACACUGGAGGAGGGAAAAGUAGACCCAGUAGCGUAUCGGAUCAAGUACGUGCCUCACCACAGAACCGGCGAUAAAUGGUGUAUCUAUCCUACUUACGAUUAUACCCAUUGUCUGUGCGAUUCGAUCGAGAAUAUCACACAUUCGCUGUGCACUAAAGAGUUCCAAUCAAGGCGAAGUUCCUAUUAUGCACUGUGCAAUAUGCUUGAUAUUUAUUGUCCUGUGCAAUGGGAAUACGGUAGACUAAACGUCAACUAUACAGUGGUAUCGAAGAGAAAGAUCCUGAAAUUGAUUGAAUCGAAGAUUGUCAAUGACUGGGAUGAUCCACGGUUAUUCACGCUGACUGCAUUACGCCGUCGUGGUAUCCCAGCAGAGGCGAUCAACGCGUUCGUUGCUAAAUUGGGUCUCACAAUGACUCAAAUGGUCAUCGAUCCUCAUGUACUGGAUGCCACCGUUCGAGAUCAUCUGAACGUCACUGCGUCGAGAACAAUGGUAGUACUGGAAGGACUUAAAAUGACUAUUGAAAAUUUUGACGAAAUGAAUUUGCCAUCAGCUGUAACAGUGCCCGACUUCCCAUCUGAUCCAAAGUGCAGUAAGACGCAUCAAGUUGCGUUUGACCGCACUGUGUACAUUGAGAGAUCGGACUACAGACAGGGUCAGUGCGAGAAAGGUUUUCGAAGGCUAACUAAAGAUCAGCCAGUGGGAUUAAAGUACAUUGGAAUUGUGCUAAAUCUGAUUAGGGAAGUGACGGAUGCAUUCGGAAACGUGCAUGAACUACGGGUCCGAGCAUUACCGCUAACUGAAGAGAACAAGCCAAAAGCGUUCGUUCAUUGGGUGUCAAGUCCAGCAACGGCGGAAGUUCGAUUAUAUGACAGAUUGUUCAAAAGUAAAAAUCCGGAAGAUCCGAAUGAGGUCCCAGAAGGUUUUCUGUCGGAUGUGAAUAAGGAUUCUCUUACGGUACUCUACAAUGUGCUCAUUGAUAAAUCCAUCACUAACUCAAAAGUGUACGAUCGUUAUCAGUUUGAACGGGUCGGCUACUUCAGUGUUGAUCCGGAUACGGUGCCUGGUAAGGUUGUCUUCAAUCGCACUGUUCUGUUGAAGGAGGACGCUGGCAAGAGCUAA